CCGGCCAGCGUUUUGCCGACCGAUGCCGACAACUUGACAAUUCCCAUUCAUACAAAUUGGCAAGGGAUGAAGUAGUGUUCGUGUCCGCUGUCGUCGCGAAGUGCAAAAGGAAGAAUUUUUUAAUCGAGCCGAAAGUGAUAGUGCGUGAAAACAUUCAGCGCUCACGGAGACCCAGUAAUUUGUACAUAAAACGAGGCGCCAGGAUGACGGAAUCGUACGAGGGCAACGGCGAGUACAACAAUUACAAUGACGAGGAGACGGACUUCAAGCGGAAAGUGGGCUCCGGCGGAGGCUCGCAGAAUGAAAAUUCCGAGGAGCCGCACAACGAGCAGCCGUCGCUCAAUGACAAGGCCAACGACUAUAUUCGCGACUGCCUCAUGGAGAAGAACAAGCUGGACAAGAACUUUCCGAUCGCCGAGCGCCUGUUGGAAGGAGAAAUUGAAACAGUUCAAAGAACUGGACGCAUUCCAACACGUGACCCAAAAUAUGUAGACAUUUAUCGCGAAAAACCAAUUCGGGUAUCACAGAAAGUACUGGUACCAAUCAGAGAGCAUCCAAAGUUCAACUUUGUUGGCAAACUGCUUGGCCCCAAAGGCAACUCACUGCGUCGUCUCCAAGAGGAAACUCUCUGCAAAAUGACUGUUCUCGGUCGUAAUUCAAUGAAAGACCGAGCGAAAGAGGAAGAACUACGCUCUUCAAUGGACCCAAAAUAUGCUCAUUUGAACGAUGAUCUCCAUGUGGAAAUCUCAACAAUUGCCCCACCGGCUGAGGCACAUGCUCGAAUGGCCUAUGCUAUGGCUGAACUGAGAAAGUAUUUAAUACCAGACAGUAAUGAUAUGAUAAGGCAGGAGCAGUUACGCGAGCUAAUGGAUAGCUCAGGAGAGGGUGGUGCCGAAUUUGAAAAAGGAUCAUCAGGGUAUAAACCAAGGCAGCCACCGGUGUCGAGUGCUGUGCCGCCCCGAUCUUCGUAUGGAUAUAGACCACCAGCUCCUGUCUCAACACAUCCAUCAACCACAUCAACGCGGGCUGUGAUGCCUCCAAAGCAGAAAGUCCUAUCGAUAUUGGACAGAGCACGAUCAGCGAUGGAUGAGGCUUAUAGAGUACCGCCUUUCAGCCGUCACUAUGACGAACCAAUCAGCUAUGAGGCGCCAGCGUACGACAGUUACGGAUACGGGCAUGCACCACCGGCUUCAAGCCGAGCCCCCUACGAAGUACCAGAAUAUGAGCCUGCAGAAUACCGACGUGAAUAUUAUCCACAUUCACCCAGCUAUCCAGAUAAUGCUAUUAACCAUCCAACACAAAAAGUGCAACAAAAUGUUAACGCGUCAAUUAAAAACCAUACACAAUAUCAAAAUUCAGUAAAUACAGCAACUGGAAACACAUCGGCCAAUACAAACUAUCGGACGCAUGUGAAUAGGUGAAAUUUACUAUCGGCUGGUACAUCCACCAGCAGCACAAUCGCCGGAAAAACAACAACCACUACAUCCACUACGGUUAAUACAACUACGGCCAUAGACAACGGGACGAACCCUAAAAUUCAGUCUAACAACAAUAAUAACAACAAUCGAAUUCAGGGUCCAGCAGCAGCGGCAACAGCAGCCAAUCUUCUAUUUGUAAGGCCAGCAAAUCCUUCGCUUCACGUCAACAAGUUACCCUUCAUGCCCGUUCAAUUCCUAUAAACCCAAAAUUUCGCCAAUCGUCCUCGAAUAGUGUUGCCUUAAACGUGGAUUCCUCGAGGCCGAGCCGGAGGCAACCGGGAACAGUGAACGGAGGGAGACAUGACGCAAGCAAGCGGAUACCUUUUCGGCUAAUGUACAUUUGUUCGAAUUAUGAUAAUUUAUAUAUUUAUUUAUAUCAGUUAAGAAUAAAGAGGAGAUCUAAAAGUAUAAUAAUACCUACAGAGAGAAAUAUGAAGUAACCUUAAAGGCAGAAAUAUAAAAAUAUAAUAAUCACUUAACGUAAUCUAUUCAAUAAUAUCGUUGCAUUAUAACAUUACAUAAUAACAAAUAUUUUAAAAAUACUUUGUUCAAUGUUCAACCUAAUAUAUACGAUUAUAAUACACAAUAACAGGCAGUCAUUUAACGCAUAAAGUAAUAUAAAAUCUACCAUAAUAUACGAAUCAUAAAUCACACUUGGAUGAUGAGGAACAAGAAAAAUCGCCCGCACUAGUCAACUGUGUUAUUCAACAAAAAAGGGAAGAAAUUAUAAUUUUUUAUUGUAUAUAUGAAUAAAGAGAUGUCGACGAUGUAUAGAAAUACGAAAA